UGGUACUUGCUACCUUCACCAGAAGCAAUUGGAAGUUGCAAUUCCAAUUGAAUUGAGUUAGAGUGAGAGAGAGAGAGAAGAGUAGCGAUGGCGGAGCACUUGGCUUCGAUAUUCGGAACCGAGAAGGACCGGGUGAACUGCCCGUUCUAUUUCAAGAUCGGCGCGUGCCGUCACGGCGACCGGUGCUCCCGUCUCCACAACCGGCCGACGAUCAGCCCGACUCUGCUCCUCUCCAACAUGUACCAGCGCCCCGACAUGAUCACCCCCGGCGUCGACCCCCAGGGCCAGCCCAUCGACCCCCGCAAGAUCCAGGACCAUUUCGAGGACUUCUACGAGGACAUCUUCGAGGAGCUCGACAAGUUCGGCGAGAUCGAGAGCCUCAACGUCUGCGACAAUCUCGCCGAUCACAUGAUCGGCAACGUCUACGUCCAGUUCAAGGAGGAGGACCAGGCCGCCGCCGCCCUCCAGGCCUUGCAAGGGAGGUUCUAUAACGGCCGCCCUAUUAUCGCCGACUUCUCGCCGGUGACUGAUUUCCGGGAAGCCACGUGUCGCCAGUUCGAGGAGAACAACUGCAAUCGAGGCGGCUACUGUAAUUUUAUGCACGUCAAGCUGAUUGGGAGGGAAUUGAGGAGGAAGCUGUAUGGGAGGUACCGCGGGUAUAGGGCUAGCCGGAGCCGGAGCCGGAGUUUGAGCCCGCGGCACCGGAGGGAUAGGGAUAGGGAUUAUGAUAAACGGGACUACCGGGACAGAGAUUAUAGAGGGAAUGGGAGGAGAAGCAAGGAUAGGUAUGACAGGGACAGAGACAGUGGGAGGAGAAGACAUAGCAGUCCCAGGCGGAGCAGAACCAGGAGCAGGAGCCCCGUGGCGGCAGUGAGGGAAGGGAGCGAAGAACGCCGAGCUAGGAUUGAGCAGUGGAAUCGAGAAAGGGAGGGGAAUCUGUGAUUGUGGCAUUGGAUUUCGUUGGGAUUUGCUGUUAGUGUAAAGCUCAUGUCGUGGAGAUUCUAGUUUUGAUGACUUCCACUGCUAUUGCAGUACGCAUAUCACACAGUUAGCUCGACCCUGUGUUCUUAUUAUUUGUUUUUUUCCUGUUGCUAUUUUUCUUUUCCCAUCUAAUACUACAGGAUGUUGCUAUCUACGCGAUAGCAUCAUAUGCAGUAUAGGUUCUUAGGCUGGGUGCUUGUUCUACAGUCUACACAUCAUAACGGCAUCCAUGAUAAUAGAAUAUUUGAUGCUAAA